UUAUAUAUCCAUAAUGUAAAAGCAAGAAUCCAAGCAACUACUGAAUUAAAAAAACCCUCUUUUUAAUUUGUUCCCGUUAUUACCCCAUAUGGCUUCAAUCCCUCAAUUCUACUGCGAUCAGUAUUCAUCGGUGGUGGCAGCUCCUCCUUCAACGGCGGCGUCUGUGGGUACCGGCGGCGGCCCAUUCUGGGGAGAAGAUCAAACAAAUUUAGUUCCUUUGUUGGAUGAUUUUGGGCUUCUUCAUGAUCAACCUACUCAAUAUUCUUCUAAUUCUGAUAAAAUUAUAAUUCCAGCGCUACCCAUUGAUCCAGCCACGACCUCGUUUUCUCAACAAGACAUGCUAGCCUUCCCUCAACUUAAUAUCAUUCCUUCGUCCAUGUGUGGCAUUCAUGAUCAUAAUGCAGCUGCUCCUGCAGAAGGAUCUCAAAACUUCUGCCAUCUUGGUUGUCAACCAGAUCAUCAAUUCUAUGAAUUUUCUGACGAUUGUUUUGGAUUGGUGCCCGAGAUCAAACCGCUUUACCAUCCUCUUCCUCCUCAUAAUUGGGAAAAUCAAAGCAAUCAAGUUCCUGUAGCUGAGGAUUCAAACAUGAAGGUGGGCCGCUAUUCUGAAGAAGUAAGAAAAGAAAGGAUUCUGCGCUAUUUGAAGAAAAGAAACCAAAGAAAUUUCAACAAAACCAUCAAGUAUGCAUGUCGCAAAACCUUAGCCGACAGAAGAAUUCGAGUCCGAGGGAGAUUUGCUAGGAACAAUGAAGCAUCUGAUCAAGAAAUUAAUCCAACGACAAAGAAUGACACUUCUAUUCACAAAGACACUGAAUUAUUAUACAACAACCAUGAUUUUGGUGUCCAGAUGAAAAGGGAUGAGGAAGAAUGGCUACAAGAAAUCACGAGCCUAAUGUGUUUGCCAUAUAUCAGUAGUUGAGAUACGGAAUUGAGGAAGAACAAAAGGAGGAAAUUAAAAUAUUUGAAUUGUUAUAAUUGGUGGUGGUAGCUAUAUAUAUGGCGUAUUUUAAUUAAUUAAUUGACCAGCUAAUGAUAUUGUUGUCGAGUGCGUGUUAAUUAAUUUUACGGUCAUCCAAGGAUUUUGAAACAUAGGAGACUAACA